AUGAGGAAUUUGAGCAAACUCUUCCCUAUAAAAACCAUUGAAGAAAUGGAAAGCGUCAAUAACGCCAUAAAUGAGGUGAACACCAAUGAAUAUAUUAACGCAAUAAAACACUUAUUAAAGGGGGAUCCUGAAAAGCACUUUGAGGAAAUUAUCUCCAGAACUAUGUGCAACGAAGUCAAUGUAGGCGGCUUCCAUGGCAUGAUUGGCCUCAAAAAAUAUACUUCCUUGUAUGAUGCGAUUAUAAAUGAUUCGCAAAUUCAUUCCGAAAACAACUAUAGCGGCAGCAGCAAUAACAACAACUAUCUCAAUACCAAUAAUAACACCAACUUUCCCAACAGCAAUAGCAAUAACAAAACUUGUGAAAGGUGCAAAUCUUUGGAGGCUAAAAUUGACGAUUUGAACACCAAAUUUGACAACAUGCUAGAUUACCUUAAAAAAAUGAUGGAAGUUCAGGCAAAGCAGGGCGCCCAAUUAAGCGUUCUUGCUAAUAAAGACGCAGAUAUGAGGAAUUUGAGCAAACUCUUCCCUAUAAAAACCAUUGAAGAAAUGGAAAGCGUCAAUAACGCCAUAAAUGAGGUGAACAUCAAUGAAUAUAUUAACGCAAUAAAACACUUAUUAAAGGGGAAUCCUGAAAAGCACUUUGAGGAAAUUAUCUCCAGAACUAUGUGCAACGAAGUCAAUGUAGGCGGCUUCCAUGGCAUGAUUGGCCUCAAAAAAUAUACUUCCUUGUAUGAUGCGAUUAUAAAUGAUUCGCAAAUUCAUUCCGAAAACAACUAUAGCGGCAGCAGCAAUAACAACAACUAUCUCAAUACCAAUAAUAACACCAACUUUCCCAACAGCAAUAGCAAUAACAAAACUUGUGAAAGGUGCAAAUCUUUGGAGGCUAAAAUUGACGAUUUGAACACCAAAUUUGACAACAUGCUAGAAUACCUUAAAAAAAUGAUGGAAGUUCAGGCAAAGCAGGGCGCCCAAUUAAGCGUUCUUGCUAAUAAAGACGCAGAUAUGAGGAAUUUGAGCAAACUCUUCCCUAUAAAAACCAUUGAAGAAAUGGAAAGCGUCAAUAACGCCAUAAAUGAGGUGAACAUCAAUGAAUAUAUUAACGCAAUAAAACACUUAUUAAAGGGGGAUCCUGAAAAGCACUUUGAGGAAAUUAUCUCCAGAACUAUGUGCAACGAAGUCAAUGUAGGCGGCUUCCAUGGCAUGAUUGGCCUCAAAAAAUAUACUUCCUUGUAUGAUGCGAUUAUAAAUGAUUCGCAAAUUCAUUCCGAAAACAACUAUAGCGGCAGCAGCAAUACUAACAACUAUCUCAAAACCAAUAAUAAUACCAACUUCCCCAACAGCAAUAGCAAUAACAAAACUUGUAAAAGCAACAGCAAUAACAAAACUUGUAAAAGGUGCAAAUCUUUGGAGGCUAAAAUUGACGAUUUGAACACCAAAUUUGACAACAUGCUAGAUUACCUUAAAAAAAUGAUGGAAGUUCAGGCAAAGCAAGGCGCCCAAUUAAGCGUUCUUGCUAAUAAAGACGCAGAUAUGAGGAAUUUGAGCAAACUCUUCCCUAUAAAAACCAUUGAAGAAAUGGAAAGCGUCAAUAACGCCAUAAAUGAGGUGAACAUCAAUGAAUAUAUUAACGCAAUAAAACACUUAUUAAAGGGGGAUCCUGAAAAGCACUUUGAGGAAAUUAUCUCCAGAUCUACAUAUGUGCAACGAAGUCAAUGUAAUACAAGAGAUAAAAGUAAGUUUAAUGAACUACUACGCAAAGCGAACGCUUGCGAUUCAUUCGAUACAACCAGCAGAAAUUACGAUCAGAAGAAUAUAUUCACUUACGAGAUGCUAUUGUCGGAAACAUCGAUGGAAAUUUAA